UGUAGCAUGAUAUGCUUGAGGGACAUUAUCACUGUUAUGUUGAGGAGCGUGUUCCUCGUCGCUUUCUUCAACAUCCCUCGCCCUGUCAUCUCCUUGACCGGUUUCAAGAGCUGGUCACGGAAGGUCCUUUACGAAAAGAUCGACCUCUGCACUCAGUGCUGCUACAGUGAGAUCCUCCCCGGCCUCUAUCUUAGCAAUGCCAAAGCUGCAGGCGACCGUGAUGUCCUCAAGCAACUCAAGAUCACGCACAUACUCACUGUUGAGACACGUCGCUUACCUAAGUCAACGUUCACCGACAAUGACAUCAGCUACCUCUUCAUUAGGGCCCACGACUUGCCUAGCACCAAUCUUCUCUCCUACUUUCCAAUGGCCAACUCUUUCAUCGCGGAAGGGAGGCAGAAAGGCAACGUGCUCGUCCAUUGCCACUUCGGAGUAUCCCGAUCCGCCACAAUGGUUAUUGCUUACGUCAUGGAGAAGUACAAAAUGACGUACGACAGAGCGUUCCACUUCGUGCGCCAGAAGAGAAAGUUUAUCAACCCAAAUCCUGGUUUCGUCGCUCAGUUGAAGGAAUACCAUAAGUUGAACUACAAGGUGGAUGGGUUCCAGAAGUUCGAGGCGUUUAUGAAUGUGAAGACGAGGAAGCACAGAUACAAGAUCGCUUCAAUCGCAGCUGUGGUUAUUGGUGUGCUGUUGCCGCUCGCUUUAUUGGGUGGUUAG